GUGCUUGUCACAACAGUGCAAAUACAAAAAUCAAGGCGCGUGUUGUGAACACAGCUUCGCACCCCUCGUCGCUCCGUGUUGCGCGAAAAACAGAAGUGCGUGCUAUUAUUCCCUUCCGUAAAGCAAAACGCAACGCUUGCCACCCAGUUCCGCACGAUGGAAACAGCCACCGCCACCCCAGGCCCUCCCGAGCUGGUCCUCCCGAAGGAUGAACCCGGCGCCGGGAACGGUGUGACGCCGGGUGGCACUACCAUCACCACCAGCACACCGCUAGCCGGAAGCAACAAAAAGCCACCGCAGAAAAGGAAAAAACCGGCAGCCUCUCCGCAACCCUCCCCGAGCACAAAGCCAAAGCAGGACAGUGAGCCUGCUGCCGCUGACGGUAGCACCACCAACGGUGAACAGGUGCGGCCAGUGCCGGAAGGAUCGUCCCAAGCGGAACCUGCGCCCGUGGUGAAAAAGCAGAAGAAAAAGCACACUGAAGAGGGAAAGCAAACGACGACGUCGACGACGCCACCGGGAAAGAAGCAAAAAGGGGCCACCGCCAAACAUGUGCGCUUUCACAUUAAGCUGUAUUCUGCAUCGAAGCAACCGACCGCUGCCACGACGGCUGGCAUUGCGAAGAAAAAAAAAGCCAAGCAGCAGCAGCAGCAGGCGGUGCCGGGCGUUGUUCCAGAACAGCAGCACAAGCAGCAAAAUGGCGCCACUGGCGCCGAACCGAAGAAGAAAGCGUCGAAAAAAGGGCGCCCCGCGAAGGUGAACGGCGGUGCGGUUGGUUUGCCGCCGACGAGUGUCGUUACGCCGCUGAAGCGCGCCUCCCAGAUCAAGCAGGAACCAAAGACACCGAGCAGGGCGGCCCAUUCACCCAUCGUCGGCGGCACCUCCUCCUCCACCACCACCACCACUGCCAGCCCGGCCGGCACGGCCCUGCACGAGCUGGACAGUGUGACGAUUGGGCGCCAGACGUUCGCGUGGCUCAUCGGCCCCACCAUAUCGGUGGACGAGUUUAUGCGCACGCACUGGGAGCGGAAGCCGCUGCUGGUGCAGCGCAGCGACCGCGCGUACUAUGCCGGCCUGCUGUCCCGCGCCAUGAUCGACGAGAUGCUGCGCACGAACAACAUCGAGUACACGAAAAACAUCGACAUCACGUCGUACCGGGACGGGCAGCGCGAGACGCACAAUCCGGACGGGCGCGUGCUCCCGCCCGACCUGUGGCACUUCUACGACGCCGGCUGCAGCGUGCGCAUGCUCAACCCGCAAACCUACCUGCGCUCCGUGUACGAGCUGAACGUGAAGCUGCAGGAGUACUUCCACUGCAUGACCGGGGCGAACUUCUAUCUGACGCCGCCGGGCAGCCAGGGCUUCGCGCCGCACUACGACGACAUCGAGGCGUUCGUGCUGCAGAUCGAGGGCCGCAAGCGCUGGCGCCUGUACGGGCCCCGCCAGCCGCAGGAGGUGCUGGCGCGCGUGUCGUCGGAAAACCUGCGCCAGGACGAGCUGGCCGGGCCGCCCAUCGUCGACGUGGUGCUGGAGGCGGGCGAUCUGCUGUACUUCCCGCGCGGCUGCAUCCACCAGGCGGCCACCGUGCCGGGCGCCCACUCGCUCCACAUCACCGUCAGCGUGUACCAGCGCAACUGCUGGGCGGAUCUGUUCGAGCAGAUGCUGCCGAUUGCGCUCGCGACCGCGGCCGACACGGAGCCGCAGCUGCGCGAGGGCUUGCCGCUCGAUCUGCACCAGCACUUCGGCAUCGUGCACUCGGACGGCAUCAGUGCGGACCGGCGCCGGCUGAUCGUGCGCAUUCGGGCCAUGUUCGACAAGCUGUUCUCGGACGCGGCGAUCGAUGCGGCGGUCGACCAGCUGGCGAAGCGGUUCCAGCACGACGCGCUGCCCCCGCUGGUCGACUUUGGCGAGUGGGACGAUACGGUGUACGGGGGCGGGAACUACGAGUUCCGCCCGGACGGGACGGUACGGUGCGCCCGGCCGAUCGACGACCGCUCCUCGGUGCGGCUGCUGCGCCGCAACAUACUGCGGCUGGUUAGCGAGGAGGAAAAGCUGCGCAUCUACUACCACACGGACAAUUCGCGCGAGUACCACCAGUACGAGGCGAACUUCCUCGAGCUGGACCACGAGACGGCGCUCGGGGUGGAGCUGCUGAUCAAGAUGUACCCGCGGUACGUGCUGGUCAGCAGCCUGCCGGUCGAGGAUCGGCUCGAGUUCAUCCGCAGCCUGUGGGAGAAGGGUUUGAUCGUGUGCCGGCGGCCGGGCGAGGAUGCGCGCGCCGACACAUCCGCGUCCACACCGUAGGGGGGGAGUAGGGGGCAGGGGUGUUCAGGUAUGCUAGGAGCCAUACAAACCAGAAAUCCAUUCUAAUUUUGCUUUUUGUUCGUCGAUUUCGAGAUGCUGUGCAGUGAAUAAAGUGUCAUACAUUCGAACUACUACCGGAACAAGCGCGUAGUUGUGUAAUUUCGAGAAGGGGAAAACUCCCGUUAAACCUGUAA